AAAUUUUGGACAGCGUUUCAAUGGCAAAGCAAGAACGACCGCGUCUACACUCAACAACAUCAGAUGGCACCCGACGCUGCUGGCAAAGGCAUCCUCCUUAAAGCUGACCCUAUUGCAGAUGCUUUCCGCGCCGAGGUCAAGGAUGGACUUGCAACCUCGCAUCGUACACCGACGCUUGUCGGAAUCUUGGCGACCAACGCGUCUCCGAGUAGGUUUUAUGCUGAGUUUACGAGGAAGCAGUGUGAGCAACUUGGUGUGAAAUUUGUCCUCAAGGAGGUUGGGAGUGCGGUGAAGCAGAAUGAAGGAGAGGAAGCGAGGUCAGAUGGGGAUGGUGUAGAGGAGGCGAUUAUCGAAUCUAAUGAGGAUAAUAAUGUCGAUGGUAUCAUGGUGUAUUUUCCAAUUUUCGGAGGCCAGCAGGACCAUUAUCUGCAACAGAUCGUCUCUCCUCUGAAGGAUGUCGAAGGCCUUCAUUCGAAAUUCCAUUACAACCUAUACCAUAACAUCCGUUUCAUCACGCCCGCCUCGCUCACAUCUACCAUUCCGUCUUCGAAAGUCACGCAGGCAAUAAUAGACGAUAUCCCACCGCCCGGAACAGUCAAGUCUAUUAUCCCUUGUACCCCCCUCGGCGUCGUUAAAUGCCUCGAGUUUAUCGGAGUGUAUAACAAGCUCCUAACAUAUGGCGAUCGCGCAUAUGGCAAGACCAUAACCGUCAUUAAUCGGUCGGAAGUUGUCGGACGCCCUCUCGCUGCACUUCUUGCAAACGACGGCGCGCGAGUGUUUUCCGCCGAUAUUGACUCUAUCCAGGAAUAUACGAAGCGACCACGUUCCUCGAACGCGACAUCUGCUCGACAAUACCUCCCGCAUCAUACUUCGCACCUGUGCACGCUCUCCCUCGAAGAAUGUCUUGCGGUCUCAGACGUUGUGAUCAGUGCCGUGCCCAGCGCAUCAUACAAGGUCAAGACAGAAUGGCUAAAGGAAGGGUGCGUUUGCGUCAACGUCGCAGCAGACAAGAAUUUCGAAAAGGAUGUCAGAGAUAAGGCAUCUAUAUACAUCCCAGCGGUCGGCAAAGUGACUAUUUUGAUGCUCCUUCGGAAUUUGCUGCGUCUUUCGCACUACAAUGACGUGUCGGCCCCGAGUGGGAGCGAAGACUCUAUUCCCGGCCAAUAAGUGAGGUUCUUCUUGGAAUCGUGUCGGUGCCGUUGGUGGAAGGAAGACGAAGAUAUUUAGAGAAGAUCAAACUCAGAAGCAGGAAAUCACGUAGAAUCUAGCACAAUGCAUUACAAUCGCCAUUGCCUGGAUAUAUACACCAUUAGUUGAGAUUAUCACUGCAGCAUGGGAUCAUUUAUGUAUAAAUUGUAUGUGUUUUGCAAUGAUGUGGUGAUUGCGUUCC